GGCCUGCACCCUCCAAGUCCUUGUUCGUCCAGAUGAAGCACUGCCCUUCCAGCCCAGGGAGCUGUCCAGUGCUGUCCUCUGCCCUCCUGUACCUGGCCGGCACUUCUCCACUAGCUCGGACUGGGUCCAACUCAGUCAUCCCUGGAGUGGCCUGCUUGGGUGACAUUUCAGCUGGGGGCGAGGGAAAAAACCCCUCUGGGCUCCUACGCACUGGGACACCCAGAGAGUGUGUUUCUUGGGACACUGUCCGAUGACCAGGAGAAUGGAUCUUGCUUCAGCAAAUCCUGGUCACUUAGGCAUGCUGGGGACAAUGGGAGGCAGUUCCUGCCUGCUACAUGGGACCAUGCCUCCUAAAGUGGCGAGUCCCUGACUGGACACUCUCCAUGUUCCACACACACCUUGCUGAUAAUGAUAAUAAUCCUCAGGUGGGUACUGCUCUUUACAGUUUGCAGAGAGCUUUCAAGUUGCAAGAGCGCAGCUGAUCCUCACAGCAUCCUUAUGAGGCAGAUGGGGGUCGGGGUGGGGUACGCAGAUUAGAAAACCAAGGCUAAGAGGAGGGGGCUGAUCCUGGGUACUCGGCUCGUCCAUAACAGAGCUGGGGCCAGAAUCAAGGCAUUUGGUCUUGGCCCUUUGCCUCACCGUGCGGAUAACACACUGUCAAACCUGGGCCACCCCGGGGCCCUCGGCCAUGGAAAGGGGUGUUUAAAAUGUGAGCAGGGAGGCAAGGGAGUGGGUAUAUUGUGGUGUUUUUGUAAGCUGGGCUGUUUUUCUGCUUCCUAUGGCAGACCUGCUAGUUGUGGCAUGAUGAAAAUGCAGUUGAGACCUGAAAAUCUGGGGGGAGGUGGGGCCAGCCGACUGCAUCUCGGUUGGCCUCCAGGGAAGGAUGAAAGGUACAGAGAUUGGCUCAGGCCACCCAGCAGGUCAGGGACUAACAGGAUAGCUGCUCAGUGCAGCCAAAAGGGGCCCGCCCCUCUGGUGACGUGACUGACGUGGCACUAAUAGGUCUUAUCGUCUUAAGAAUAAUGUUUUUUUAAGUGUGACUUUGUCUAGGGCUCACUGCAUGCCUGGCACCGUGUCGAGGGCUUGAUAUUUGUUACUUUAAUCCUCACGAUGACCUGUGAAGUUGACAGCAUCCCCCCCAGGGCCAGCUUCAUGAGCGAGGGGCCCAGGCAGUCCCACAGGGCCCCACACUUGGGUUAAUGCUGCUGUUGCCACUUUGGAACUCUUAGUUCUUUGUAACAAGGAGCUUUGUACCCUCAUUUUGCUCCAAGCCCAGAAAAUUAUAUAGCCAGUCCCGGUGACCCGCGCUUCUCAGGAGAGGAUGCAGAAGCGCAGAGUGGUCAUGAUCUGACAUGCCCACAAUCAGAGGACUGGGUGCCCCGGGGGGCUGACCCCACACCCUCUGGAGCAGAGAGAGGCUGACCAGAGUCAGAAGACACUGUGCCCCAGUCCCACUCCUGGCAUCUGCCUAUGGCCACGAGGGAGUCCCUUCAUCCCUCCCAGCCUCGAUGUUCUCAUCUGUGAAAUGAGGUGACCCCACCUGCUCCUCAGGACUACUGGGAGGAGCAGCAAGUGCAUACGGGUGCUUUUACACACUCCCUAAAGCUCCACGGAUCAAAGGAUCAUUAAGUGACUCACAGCACACUGGCGCUUCUGUUAAUGCCUCCAAGUCAUCCUGACACCGUCUUCAUGGGCCUUCUCCAAAAGGAUUAAGAAACCAGCAAUUAAAAUAAGCUCCCUUCCUGUAAAGUCCUCAAGUUGUGGCUGUUGCCCACCCCACAGGGAAGACUCCCUCCAGCCACAGAUGGCCCUGCCCCCUGCGGUGAGUGUGCAGCAGGGGGAGACAAAGGGGACCAGAGCCUCUACGAUUAGACCCCCUCCAAAAAGCUUCACUGAAACCAGUCAGAGUGGGAAGAAGCCCUACAGGUAAAGCUGCCCCAAAGCGCACUCAGAACAGAUUCUGUCACCUCAGCAUAGAGGCAGAUGGCACACAGGAGGGGCCCCGGGAAGCGGCUAAUAGAUUUAGGGAGAUUCUAAAGAAGCCUGUGUGACCACGAGACUGCACAGAAAGACACCCAUGAGAACACCCCACCUUUGCGGAGCAUGCCGAGCCUACAGAGAGUGUGGACAAACCUUAGUUCUGCCUAGGAGGUUGGUAUUACGACCCCAUUUUACAGGCGAGGAAACAGGCUCAGCUAGCCUGAGAGCACCCACAGCUAAGGCCACCUGACCCCACGUCUAGUGUUCCUAUCUCAAAACUAGAGGCUCUCAAUCCUAGCUGCUCACUGAGACCCCCUGAGGAGCUUUAAAAAUACACCAGUGCCCGAGUCUCACCCCGGAUUAACUGAAUUAGAACCCCUGGGUCUGGGGCCCGGCAACCCACGUCUGUGGAAAUCCCUCAGGGAUUCUCACCUAUGUGGCUGGAUAUCUAGGUUUCUCUGCCAUCAGUUGGGAUGGAAUAUCCCUUCUCGUUCCUCAGGGAUGCCCUACAGCAGGGGCAUCAGAGCACGGGGAAGCGCGGCCAUCCUGCCUCUGGUCAGAUUGCACUGCAGGUGGGCACUGUAGAAACAUCUGGAACAGACAGCAAGCUCUGCUCUUCCCGAGCAUCUCCACGCUGAGGUUAGAGAGGAAGCACCCUUCCUCCCCGGGUGGCCCGGCCUCCGUUUUGAUUUUGCACAGCCCUCCAAUUCUCUGCCUCCUCCUCUGCCUGCUAACCAUCCCCCGAUGGCCAUUUCCCAUUAGCCCAGACACGCAAUCACGACUCUUAGUUUCAGUUUUUCUCCCUGCAGAGGUAUUUUUAGGUACAUACAAAUAAAUAAAACUCUCUCUUCCUUCCUCUCCUUUUCCACACCGGUAGUGGCAUAUCUUCUAGGCUACACCUCUCUUUCUCUGUACGUGAGCUUCAGCUUGGACAUCGCUCCAGAUCACUUCAUUCUUUUUCACAACUGCAUGCCCUCAGCACGGAUUUUUAAAACGUACUCUGAAAACCAAAAACUUCUUUCCCCAUUCCAAGUCAGAGGUCUCCUGCUCUGAUGUACCCUGCCCCAAAACUGCCCCCAAAGGCCCUGUGGGCAUAGAGGCUCUGGGGCCAACGGAGCCUCGUUCUAACUUCGAGUUACUUCCUUACCCUGCGCCCUGACAUUCUGGGGCAAGCACCUUGGCUCAAACACCUUCCUUAGAGGUGGGGAGACCAAACCAGAUCCGAGAGCUGAAGCCCUUGCCUGGGAGGCACUGUCGUGUUGGCAUUCUGAGUGAAUGUGAGAACCGUCUUUCUAGAGCGGUGAGUCACCGCCUCGCUCGUUUUAACAACCCACCUUGAGGGCAGUCGGCUCUUCCUUAAGCUGUGGCAGGUUUAUCUGCUUCCUCCUCUGACGCGGUGAGGUAAGGUGUUGUUCUUGGAGAAAGCAGCUGAGAGGAGCAGUAAGACUGGCCUUGAAGAGCUGGUGGGUGCCUGAGCGCAGGUGCUGCGUGGGCGGGGAGGGGGGUGGGCGUUCCCUGGACUCAGCAGCACACCUGUGUCGACGUGGGGACCCACAGGCAGCCGCUGCUUAGAGAGACCUGAGCCCUCCGAAGCAGACGGCCUGGCCUUGUCCUUGCUAACCUCUGGGAGCUUUCCGGGCCUGCACGAGCCAGCAGCUUCCCGCCCCCCGUUUUCCAUGAGGAGAGGGGCUCGGCCUCACUUCCCCGCCAUUCUCUGAUCUGCCUGCAUCUCCAGGACUGAUACAGCUUCUUGGCAAAGCUGCCCCCAAGAUUCCUGCUAACGCUUGUCUGUUCCUGCCUUUUGUGAAGCAUGGUGCCCACAGGACUCGGGGAAGAAUCUUAACCCCAGAGCUCCGCGGCUGCUCGAGACGGCACUCUGUGUGGCUCGUCCAUCGUCCUGCCUGCUCCAGGAGCUGCUUCUGUCCCAGCGAUGCCCUCGGGAGCCUUGGCCCCAGCUGGGUGAGACGACUCCAGAGCGGGACCCAACCUUGCCACCCACCAAGAUUCCCACGCCAGCCCACCGCCUCCCAUGUCUGGCUGCCCUGGCAUACUCUAGAAUGUCUGUGCCCCAGAUCCAAGUAGAAGAAGUGGUGGUGGGGGCAGAGGGGCCGGCAGGAGCAGGGCCGGCAGGAGCAGCCCCGCCUCCCGAUGACCACCUCCGGAGCCUGAAGGCCCUCACCGAGAAACUGAGGCUGGAGACCCGCAGGCCAUCCUACCUGGAAUGGCAGGCCAGGCUGGAGGAGCAGGCAUGGCCCUUCCCGAGGCUGGCUGCUGAGCAGGGAGAGUGUGAGGACAGAGAGCCCUCACGCCCCCUGAGAGAACUCAGGCAGCAUCCCCUACCUAAUGAAAGCGCCAGCCAGGACGACGUGACCCGGGCCACUGGCAAGCUGGAAGGCUUUGAGAAUAUCGAUGAAGCUAUCGCCUGGCUUAAGAAGGAACUGACAGAGAUGCGGCUGCAGGACCAGCACCUGGCCAGGCAGCUCAUGCGCCUGCGCAGCGACAUCAACAAGCUGAAGAUCGAGCAGACCUGCGACCUCCACAGGAGGAUGCUUAACGACGCCACCUACGAGCUGGAGGAGCGCGACGAGCUGUCUGACCUCUUCUGCGACUCCCCGCUGGCCUCCUCCUUCAGCCUCUCCACACCGCUCAAGCUCAUUGGAGUCACCAAGAUGAACAUCAACUCCCGGAGGUUCUCCCUCUGCUGAGAAGCCCUAGCAGAGGGCAGAGGAGUCAGAACAGGGGGGUUGGAAGGUGGGGAUGGGGCAUGGAAGGGAAUUGGGGCCAAGUUACUCCAAGCGGGUCUCCCCGGAGUCAGGGCUCCCCUGAGACUGGUGAACUGUGGACCCGCAGGGCCUGUCAGCAGGUGACCACCCCAGAGCCCCAGCUUCAAGCCGAGCACACCCAUGACUGGCUCUCACGUCACAUCCAAAGAGCCACUCCAUCUAGAUGUUCAAUGAGACCCGGGUUCCCAGCUGGCGCAUCCCAGUCCUCCCCUCAGCGACCCACAUUCCUGUUUCCAGGAAUCAAUGGUGCUAUGAGAACUGGGAUGCCAAAGGCGGGCCCCCAAAAGCUGUGAUUCUUGUGGAAGGCUUCCCUACAGGCCCUGAGCCCCAGAGGGAGGUGACUAGAUAUAUCAGAUGUGCCCGUCUUGCUGUGGCUGUCCCCUAAGCGCUGGCUCGAAUUCACCCUGAACAGGUGACUCAACAGCCUCGACAGGGACCCGGCAGGAAGGGGAAGCUGAAAGGAACACGACGUGCAGCUCGGGGAUGCAGGCCCCACAGUUUGCACUUCCGCGUGCCACGUAAACCAUCUCCAGUGUGUGCCAGGACACACCGGUGUAGCUUGGGUGGAGAAGCACAGACACCUUUUGCCCGCCCAGCCACAUAUACCAGUCCCAAUCUCCAAAGAGCCCCUUGCCGCCCCACAACCCUGGGGGAGUGCCUAGGAGACAGCUGGUGACGGAUCUGGGCAGGUCUGUCAGUGGAUUUCCCACAACUGAAUUCUCCCUGGGGCCGGCAGAGGCUUCCUGGUGGAUUCCAACAGUGUCACCUAUGUUACCUUCUCGCCCUCCCCAAAAAGACUCGAGGGAGCCCAGACACUUGCCCUGAGCUUGUCUGAGAUUCUGUGCCUGACUUAAAUGACUUAUUUUAAUUGAAUCAGACUGUUACUAUUUUGUCGCUAACUUGUUAAUAACUGUUUGAUUUUUGUCCGAAUGGUGAAGCCAGUUGGGUAGGUCAAGUACAGAGGUUCAGGAAUUUACUUUGAAAGGUUCUCCCUAAUGACAAGAGUGAGAAUCAGCCAGGUGAGGACCUCAACAGGUUAGGAAAGUUAACCUGGUAGUGUGCCACGUGUCGGGUGUUCCCUGCCAGCUGUGUGUGUUGGGGUUGGGGGGAGGGUUGACCUUUGAUGUUAUCUAGACAGACCUCUCAUUCACUAAGGAGUAAAGCAAAGCCAGAGAAAGAGAGAAUGGCUUUCUUCAGGUUACACAGCUCAUUAGUGGCUAUAGAAUAUUGAUGUGUUAAAUCAUUAUGAUAAUACUAGACAGAUCAUAUAUCAAUGAAUUUGAACUCCAAAGACGAUCCUAAUGCUUUGCCAAACCCGCAAACUGCCAACUCAUCUACUUUCCAUCUCAUUCAGCCCCCACAAGCGCCUCCCACUUUGCAAUUCAGAAUAUUUGAGUCAAACUCAGAGCAAUGUCUGGACAGUGGAACCACAGAACAUGUAUUACCAAUCGUGAUUCCAUAGUCUCUCUCUCUGUCUCUCUCUCUCUCUGUCUCUCUCUCUCUCUGUCUCUCUCUCUCUCUGUCUCUCUCUCUCUCUGUCUCUCUCUCUCUCUGUCUCUCUCUCUCUCUCUCUCUCUCUCUCACACACACACACACACACACACACACCAGGACCCUCUGGGGAAAGGUUGCUUUUCUUUUAUGGGCCGGGCAUAGGAGGAUGUAAAUGAAUGCUCCCUAAUUAGACAGAAAAUAAAUUGGUCACUUCUUUGUGAUCUCAAGGACCUGGAGGGUUUAUGCUUCCUUCAACAAAGUUAUAACCACAUAGGCAAAUGUGUUUUGGCCCAACUCUGAGCAGUGACAAAAGUCUAAAGCCCAGAGGCCUCAUCCACAAAGACCUCGGCGGAAGGCCAGGCCCCCACAGGCAGGAAAGGAGGGAACUUUUCUCUGUCCAGCUACGCCUCUCCCCAGGAAUGCAUACGAAUACUGCCAAGGCCUGACACGGCCUUCCUGCCCCACUUCUUUGAGACAGUUCUGAGAUCGUGGACUCUCAAGCAGCUUAUACACAUGCACCACACGCUCUGUAGGCACAUGCACGUGCACAUACGUGAACCCACAUGGAAAAGCCCAUUCCAUGUUCCGGAAAAAAAAAAAUACAAAACUGAUUUCUUUUUCUUUAUAGAAAUCAUUCAUCACAGUAACUGAAAAAGUUAGAAU